AUGUUGAUCUAUCGUCAUUUACGCUUCUUGCACCCGUCGUUUACUCCAAACCCGGCCCUCAUCGGCUCUCUCAUUUCCAUCCACACCCAGGAGCAAGCCUCGAGAAGGACAUUGACUUAUCUGCUCCAAGAAUUUGCAACUCACCAUGGAGUCGCCGAUCAACAGGCUUACCACGCCGUUCUUCACGCUCUCUCCAAGCAAGGUGACAUAAACGGCACCCAGAGCGUCUUCCUUGAGCUGUCCCGUGUCCACGGUCAACCCAAGCACCCCAAGUUCUACUCCCCGCUGAUCUACGCCUAUGCUCGUGUAGCAGACCCUGAAGGCGCCAAAUCCAUAUUUGGCCUUAUGGAAUCAUUGGGUGUUGAACGAAACACUCACUGUUGGAACAUCUUGCUUUAUGCUUUUGUAAGGGCGGACCAACCUGAGUGCGCAUUGCAACUGUUCCAAUCAAUGGUGACCCAAGGAGUCGUUCCUGAUGCUCACACCUUUGGCACCCUCAUGUCCAUACCCUCUUCCUCCGGCGACAUCAACGAAGUCAUGAGGGUGGUUCAACUUGCCCAACAGUACAAUAUCAAUGUCUCGUACGAAAUGACCGCUGGAGUUGUACACUCUCAUUGCCUCAACGACGAUCCUGACGCCGCCCUCCAGUUUGCUGUGGCAUCCACUGGAGCAAUGUUGGGAGGAUCACCCAUCAAAAUGUGGAACCACAUACUGAGAUACUAUGCCUUCCGCGCUGAACCGGAAAAGCUCCUGCGAAUCCAAGAUCAGAUGAAGGAACUCGGUGUGGUACCUGAUGCCAUGACUUACGCCGCAUUUAUGACAGCUCUCGUUAUCGUUGGCAAAACAGGAGAAGCCGCCCGAAUUCUCAGGCAUCUGGAUAUCAAGAAACGGCUAGUGGCUAGCCGCUUUCAAUACGCUAUCGUUCUCCAAGGAUUUUUGUUGGAAGGAAACCGAGAUAUGGGCCAAGUUAUAUAUCAUGAAAUGCUUCAAAGAUUUCCGGAUGUCGGCCCAACGGCGAGGUUGGCAAUGCUGCGCCUGAAAGGCCAGAUAUCUCUCGAAGCUCGCGGUCCUUCCGUUGCAGAUGUGUCGGACUACGUUGCUGAAACCCUAGCCGAAAUAUCUGUCGCAGAUCGCGCUACCAACGAACCGCAACGAGGCAUUGGUCGGCGUAGAAAUGUUGACGCAUUUCCAUCUGUAUUCGUUGAAGACCUCAUCAAGCUUCUGGUCCUCAAAGGAAGAUUCAAACAGGCUGGAUAUCUUCUCAAUCGCUUUUCGUCCCUCGCACAGUCGGCUUUUCUCGGCCUUAACCCCCGCAGCGACAAGUCAAUCACGCUUUUGACGGCUCGAUUGGCAAUCUUGAAAAGCCAGAAGGCAUGGAACAUCUUAGAGGACACAUGGACGCAGAUCCUCAGACUUGGUGUCAAGUUUGGCCAGUCAAUUGAUGUUUCAACCCUUUCGGGGACGAAGUCUCCCAAUCUCGCAGCGGAGUCGCCUACUACUACGGCCAGUCAACUCGCCGUCAAUCCCACCACCAUUCUUCCUGAGCCUGAAACAAUGUCAAUCCCCUCCUUCGCUGAGCCAUGGUUGCUUCACAAUUCAUCCCCUAACGUUUGGGAGUCUAAGAUAAUAUUCCCUCGUCGGUUUAUUUUAUCGGCGGCUAUCACAAGAUAUCUCAGUGCAAUGGCUGAGCAAAAGCUAUUUGAUAAGGCUGUUGAAACGGUUGAGCGGCUUCAAACUAUGGGAUUCGCGUUGACAAGCAAAAAUCUGAACUUCUACAUCCAGAUACUGUUAUAUUCUCCAAAUUUGGAGCACACCACUUUGGCUUUUCGGCUAUUUGAAGAAAAAUUGCUGCCAAACACCCCCCCUUGGAGUGUGCUUGCCCGUGGAAAGUGGAAAGCUACAGAUGCUUCGGAACGUCACACCUUUGUCUCCGCCUCUGGUUUAGAAAAGAGGAAAGACGUUGAGAAAAGGAGACCAGACCUGCUCUUGCCCACAUACCUUACCUGCGUUCAUCUCGCCAGGAUUCUACAACAAUCUCAACGUUUAGCUGAACUAGGAAAAGGCGAUACUGCACCUCUCAUUGCCCUUUCACAAGUGGCUCCAGGCACGUUCCAUUUCAUACGAAAAAUCCCUCACGUCCCUGAUCGGGUCCAAGGCAUACUUCUGCGUAAUACCAAAAUAAUCAGAGGGGAUAGUCUCCGGCACUUCGGACAUCAAUUCAAAGCCGAUCGCUCUGGCGUAUUAGAAAGCCAAUCCCCCAUAGACCAUGUUCCUGUCGAGAAAAUCUUGAGUCUUAACGAAGACCUCGGGGGAUUCUCAUCUGAACUAAAUAACGACAUUAACGGUAUAUCCUCUAGUGAUUUUAUUGGUUGGGAAGAAGACCAUUCAGCUCGAGGUACUGAUAAAGAUCUAACAGUGGUUGCCCAGAUUGAGAGUUUCGAAGACUCGGAUGUAGCAGCCAAGCCUAUCAAACCCCCCCCAAGCGAGGAUAGUCUUAUUAAUACCUCGGCUCAAACUGUGGCACAGGGUGAGCGAUACGAAGGCCAGAUCAAUAGAUCAUAUAUCUACCUGGACCACAAACAUCGAUUUGAGAGCUCAGUGGAGAGGAGUGAGAGGAUUAAGAACGAAGAAGAAAAACUCAUGGCUGUCGUUCACACAAUGCGUUCAGAUGUCAAACAUCCAAGACUCAUGAGCCAUAUGCGGUUUGGUCGUCCGUCUCUGAAGGCUCCUGCACGAAAAGUACCAACUAUAGGCGAUCGCACAAACUGGGGCAGAUCUCUUUAUAAUCCGACAAGCCACCCACUAGAGAGUAUAGCACUCUCUGCGAAGAGCAUGCGAGAGGACCAAAUGGAAGCAAUCAGGUGUCAGGCGAACUAUGGCCGCACUGGGAAAUAUAAACUGAUUCGGGAGAUCAACCGCGGACCACCUCAACGUCUUGAACGAGUUAAUGCUCCAGCGGGACCUUAUACCAGGAGGUCGCUCUACCGGGCUGAGGACACAGGAGCACCACUGGACGUCAAAUUGGCCGCCAAAGUCGACAAAAUGGGGCCUUUACCUCGAUCAUUGUUGAGAGGAUUCACGUUCAAUCGAAUGGCAAGGCAGAGACAGGUCUUCCUGAGAAAGUGGAAAGAAGAAGAGAGGAGCAAAUCAUGGGAACGGCGGGCGCAGAGUGAGGAAGCUGUGUUCCUAGGCGACCAGUCUCAGGUUUAUAAUGCACUUGACGAGACGGUGGAGAUGAACCGGGCGAAGGCAGCGGCAGCCAGAGUGAACGAAAAGGAGAGGCUUCAGGCCCAAAAACUUGAGGCGCAUAAGGCCGAAAGCCGGAGAAUUCUGAAGGCAUACGCGCCUGAGCGCGAAAGGAAGCAGGCGGAGGCUGAUCUGCUUGCUAAAGAAGAAGUCGAUGACGACGACGAGAAGAAGAAGAAGAACAAGAAGCGUUCGGGAUAG